CCUAGCAAGAAAAAGGUGAGCAACCCAAAGCUCUAUAUUACACAUUUAGUUCUCUUCCUAGCUGAGAUGAUCUUCUUUAAAUAACACUAUAUAUGUCAAGAAUCCACCCAUCUAGCUAGUUUAGGAGAUACUGAAAAACAGAGAGAGAGAGAGAGUAUAUAUUUGUAGCUCUUCAAUGGUACAAAGGACUGUCCUGAAGGUUGACAUAUCAUGCCUAAAAUGCAAGAAGAAGCUGAUCAAGGCAGUGAGUGGCCUGCAAGGUGUGGAUAAAGUUGAAGCUGAUGCAGCCAAGGGAACUUUGACUGUAACAGGCGAUUGUGAUCCCUAUGACAUAAUAGUUCGCACUAGAAAAGUUGGCAAAUUUGUUGAAGUAGUGAGUAUUGGGCCUCCUCCUGCUCCAGCUAAACCUGCAGAGAAAAAGCCUGAACAGAAGAAGGAGGAAAAGAAACCAGACCCGAGGCCCCAACAUAUUUGCAUUCCCUAUGACUAUGCUAUUGUAUGUGAUGAGCCCAACCCCUCUUGCUGUAUCAUGUGAUAAAGUCAAAUAGUCAAUCCAUCAUUAUUUUGUUUAGGUCAAUGAUUUUUGUAUGAUGGUGUUCGUCCGAUCUGGUUUAUGUAAAUUCAAUUAUUAUGUAGUA